ACACCACCAAAAAAUUUGGGAAAGGCAGUAAAGAAGGCUGGUAAAGCCCAAAAGAACGUCGCUAAGUCCGACAAGAAGAAGAGGCGUAAGAGGAAGGAAAGCUAUGCUAUUUACAUCUACAAAGUUUUGAAACAAGUCCACCCUGAUACUGGAGUCUCCAGCAAGGCAAUGAGCAUCAUGAACAGCUUUGUCAACGAUCUUUUCGAACGUAUUGCUGCUGAAUCUUCCCGAUUGGCUCAUUACAACAAGAGAUCCACCAUAACAUCUAGGGAAAUCCAGACUGCUGUCAGGCUUAUGCUUCCUGGUGAGCUCGCUAAGCACGCCGUCUCUGAGGGCACGAAAGCUGUAACAAAUUAUACAAGUUCAAAAUAA